AUGGACGGAGCAGCAUCGUCCGGAAGGAGGAAGGCCCUCAGACUGAAGUCUCUGCUUGCUGUCCCAGGCAGCUUUACUGGCCCGACUUCCACCAAGCAACAAUCCAUCGUUUGUUCGAGUCCGACAUCCAUCGUCCCCGGGGAUGUCAUUUUGGCCGUAGCCGACCUCCUGGCGCCGUCGGACGUGCUGAAUCUCAGCCUAGCGUCAACAAAAGUGCGGGCGCUACUCACACCAACACUUUACGCCACCGUCGUCCUCAAAUCCAGCAGACAAUGCCGCAUCGCGUUGAAAGCUCUCUCAGAUAGCCCUCGCCUUUGUGCGCACAUUCGAAAGCUAGCCGUGCGCCCAAACUACUACCUCGCAUGGCCAAAGCCAGACGAGCCGCUGGACGAAGACUGGGUGGCCAAAGCGAUCAUCGACCUCGCACCCCACCUCAAGUACCUGCACACGUUUGAUUGGGAUGGGUUGGAGAUGCCUGAUGAUGACCUGUGGACUGUGCUGAGGACAUCGUGCCCUGAUCUCAAGACAGUGUACAGCAAUGUCGGUUGCCGCCCGUUGAACGCCGAAAGCACGCUCUUCAGUUUCAGCAACCUCACCAGCUUCUCGUUGAUCGUGAGACACGGGUUGGGAGGCUUAGAUCUGUUCCCGCCUACCGAGGAGCUCCCUGAUCGGCUGUGGGACAUGCUGUUGAAGCGAUGUCCCGAUCUGGAAGAGAUUACGCUGUGCUCCUUCUCUUCUUCCGCGCGUCUUCUUGCCUUCGACCGCAUAACUGCUGGGCGCUUCCCAAAGCUGCACACACUCACGCUUGGGUCGUUUGGCUACACCAGCGACUUCACAAUCAGUUAUCCAGGCAGCGACUCGUCCACCUUCAGUGACUUCUUGGCAAAUCAUGACUCUCUCAAGCACAUUCGCUUAUCGUGGAACUUCAAGCGCUGGGUAUCGCCUGAGACGAUACCUAUGCACCUCCCCCCGACCGCAUUAUCCAAUUUACAAACAUACAUCGGGAUCUACCAACAACUAUCUGAGCUACCGCAUCCGGAAAGUAUCGAAACUGUAGACCUCACCUGCGAGCCCAUCUAUGAAAUACGGCUAAGAGAUAUUACACCUGUGCUCAAUAGGCUGACUUCCUUGACAACUUUGGAUAUUUGGGUUUAUAUCCCAAACACGACCAACGACUACACCACUUUCUUUAUGACCCUUCUUCAAGCAUGUCCGAAACUCACUGAACUACAUUUCAUGUGCACCACCGGCUUUACUUCGAAACCCCUCAAACGACUCUCGUCCCUCCUGUCCCUCCUCCCCGACCUCAAGACCUUCUCGCUAACCAAAGGCCACAAAUACCGCGACGAAACGAUGUUGCAAUCCGCCUUACAGAUCGUCAAGGACAACCCGCGGCUCACGCAGGUUAACGUGCGGUGGGCACGCGAAACGUGUCCGAACCAUCUCAAGCAGGAGGGGACGUAUGAUAUCGUGCACUCCAACGUUAAUCUCGACGGUGACCUCGGCGAAGGUGGUCAUGGUAACGGGCAGGCCACGAAGAAUGUCCCUACCAGCAUCAACGUAUUCGAACGCGGCUUGACGGUGGUGGGGAAAUCGUUCACGAGGCAGUAUUCGGUCAACUUGAGGCCUAAAGGCAAGCUGGCGACUCUGAAACGUGGGGUGAUGGUCCAGAGAUAUCGCUGA